AUGAAACGAAAAGGAAAGAAUAAAAGUAAAGAUCGUCAAAUUAUUGAUUUUGAUGAGAAUCUUGAUGCUUCAACAGCAUGUUCAAAUGUAAUUGCGACGGCAUCAAAUGACAUCAAUCGAUCAUUAUCAAUAUCCAACAACAAUAUUUCAUCAUCAUCGAUAGCAACAAAUAAUAAUAGUCGAACACUAUCAACAUUCAAUAACAACAUUUUUUCAUCAUCACCAAAUGAAAACGGGCGAAUAUUGUCUACAACCAAUAACAACAUCUCAUUAUCUUCAACAAAUAACAAUAAUCGAACAUCAUCAACAUCCAACAACAAUCUUUUAUCAUCAUCAACAAAUAACAACAAUCGAAUAUUAUCAAUAUCCAACAACAACACUUUUUCACCACCAUCAAAUAACAACACUUUUUCACCACCAUCAAAUAACAACACUUUUUCACCACCAUCAAAUAACAACAUUUUUUCAACAUCAUCAAAUAACAACAAUCCUGCCCUGUUAUCAAUUAACAUAAAUCCUGCAUUAUUAUCAACCAACAUCCGUCCAGUACCAUCAUCAUUUUACAAUAAAAAUUCACCUGGUCGCAAAUCUACAUCAAAUGUUUGGCAAUAUGCCAAAAAAAGUGAUGAUGGUAAAACAGCUAUAUGUUUAUUGUGUGAUUAUACGUGUUCUAUUGUAUCACAUUCAACAUCUACGAUUCUUUAUCAUUUAAUCCAUAAACAUAACAAGUAUGAUCUGAUUAAUAAUUCAUCAUCAUCAUCUACAAAACCGCAUCUUUCUGAACGAUUUAAACGUGAUCUUCAUGCUUUGUGUUAUAAUGCUAUCGUGAUCGAUAGUCGUUCUUUUAAUGAUCUAAGAAAAAAAGGGAUAUUGGCUGUUUUCAAUAAAUUAUGUCCAGGAUAUACACCUCCUCACCGUAAUCAAGUCUCGAAUCAACUAAAACAUUUGUACAAUCAACACUUUCAAUUAUUGAAAGAUGAAUUAAAAGAAAUUGAUUAUAUAGGUUUAACACUGGACUUUUGGUCCAGUCGUUCUUGUAUUUCUUAUUUAUGUGUUACUGGACACUAUUACAAGAAUCAAAUGGAAUUUAAUUCUAAAAUUAUUCAUUUUUCGUCUUUCAAUGAACGACAUAAUGCAACAAACAUAGCUCGCUGUUUGAAAGAUAGCCUUACUGCUUUAGAAAUAUAUGAUAAAAUAACGGCUAUUACUUGUGAUGGUGGAGAAAAUUUAGUAGCAGCUUGUAAAAAACUUGAUCGAUUUAUUAAACGAAUUUGGUGCUGUACGCAUCGACUACAUUUAGUGAUAGUCAAUGCAUUAGGACUUUGGAAUAAAGAACAAAAAACUGAUGCUCAUCAAACAAACAAUUCAUCAACAGAAAGUUCAACAACAACAGAAGCUUCAACAUCAAGUAUUACAACUGCUGGCGUUAUUUCAGAGAAUUACAAUGAAUCUAUGGAUACAACUUCGUUAAGUGAUCAUGAACCAGAUGAUUCAUUAUUUGAUGAUGAAAGUGAUGCUACUGUGGAAAACAAUUCGAUGACGUUUGAUGGUGGUGAUACAGACAAUCAUUUCGAAGGUGAAGAUGAUGUAUCCAGUAAUGAUGAAGAUGUUAAUGAAAUACAAGCACGUGAUCUAAUUGAUGACAAUUGGUCGAAAGAUGUUGAAAGCGAUGUUGCAGCUACAGAAGAAGUUGAGUUGGUUAUGAAAGCAUUGACAAAAUGUCGUAAAAUUGCAACUAUUACAAAAAAAUCCACAAUUAUUGCAAAUUUUAUUCGAGCUCAUAAAUCAUUCUAUAAAAUAAAUAAAACAAUCAAUAUUGAUUGUAAAUCUCGUUGGAACUCAACAUUUUGCUUAAUUGAUUCCUUAAUUGAUGCUAAACCAUUAUUGAUGAAAUUAUUUGUCGAAAAAGAAACAUUACAAUUACGUAAAGAACAACUUAACAAAUUAGAAUCAAUUGAAUUAAAUAAAGAUGAUUGGGAUUUUUUAUCAUCAUUACAUCAUGUGCUAAGACCAUUUUUUCUUGGAACAAUUAUGAUGUCUGGUAAAAACUAUCCAUCUAUUGGACUUGCUUAUCAUACGGUGCAAAAGCUCAAACAAUUUUGUACCUAUGAUGAUGAUAGUAAUGAACGGAUAAAAGAAUUAAAAAAGUUAAUACUAGAAAAAAUCUACAAAUAUUUUUUCUAUGAUAUAGAGCAACUCGAAUAUUUUCAUGUAAAUUAUAAACUAUAUAAAUUAAUAGAUAAGUUUAAAAAGAUAGAGUUAAAUCUACAAGUUGCUGAACUUAUUAUAGUUAAUCUAAUGAAAGAAUUUUUUAAUAUAUGACGUGUAUCAAUUCUUUCAGAUGCAACUAGAAAUCCUAUUUAAAAUUUUGCUAUUGUUGUAGAGAAACUAUAAGAAACAUACGUCGAAUUACAGAAAGUAAUACUAAAUAUGGUUAUGUUGAAAGAACGAAGAGGUCUUUACAUAUAAUUUCUAUGCAGUCUGGAUGAACAAGCUUUUGAUUUCAGAAGAAAUAAAUGUGAAAACCUCGGACUUAAAUCCGAGAGUUAUGUGUACUUCAAAAAGUGAAUGAGACAAAUCAGUCAUUCUAGAAUGCGUGGAUAUACAAAUUAGCUUGGCAAACCUUUUCUAU